CAUAGCACAAGCAUCAAGCGCAUACGCAGGUAAAAGUCCACUAAAAUUGUUGGCUGUUUGACGACUUGGCGUCCCAUCCCCAACAGUACCCAUAAUCACCAUUUUGUAUUUUACCGAAUGCUAAUUACGGUUUAAAUUUACUCUGUUUUUACUGCAAAAAUAUUCCACUUCCCAUGCAAAUAGUGACAGUGAAAUAAGUGCAAGUCAGUCCCCUAGCUUGGGGCGUUGAAAAGCCGUUCAAGAUGUCACGAUAUGGUUCGGAUUGCAAAGUUUACGUCGGCGACUUGGGAAGUAGCGCUUCCAAGCAGGAAAUCGAAGAUGCUUUCAAGUACUACGGCCCCCUAAGGAAUGUUUGGGUGGCUAGAAACCCACCGGGCUUUGCGUUUGUCGAGUUCGAGGACCCCAGAGAUGCAGAGGACGCAAUCAGGGGCUUGGAUGGUCGUACAAUAUGCGGUCGUAGAGCUAGAGUAGAGCCAUCUAGCGGCAAAACGGGUCGGUUCCGCGGUCCCCCACCCCGUAGCAGUAGGGGUCGACCAUUCCACCCCGAUGACAGGUGUUACGAGUGUGGCGACAGGGGCCACUAUGCCAGAGACUGUCGAGCCAAGAAGGGGGGCGGUAGACGCAGGAGCCGUUCGAGGGACCGCCGCAGUCGUUCCAGGAGCGCGUCCAGAUCGCGUAGCCGUUCCAGACGUUCCAGGAGUCGCUCCGCGUCGAAGAGGAGCCGCAGCAGGUCGCGCAGCGCCAAUGAGAAGCGCUCGCGCUCCAGGUCUAGGAGCAGGAGCAGGUCACAUGCAAAGGAGAAUGGCAAUGCAGGAGGAAAAGACUAGGUCAUGGGAGAGAGAUUUAAGUUUAAGUUGACUAAAUAUUUCCAGUAAUUUCAAUGAUAAUCCUUGUAGUUUCACUGAUGCUUUUUGUAAUACAUUGAUGUUCGUGUGUA